AUGGCAAGUGAUAGAAAUUAUAAUCGUAAAGUAUAUGCGGGUGCUAUUCAAAAUGAUACAGAUGGUGAUAUUCAUAUCGUGUUCACAUAUGCUGGAAUUACAGAUAGACGAGGAGAUACCAAACAAACCCGUGUCGAACUCGAUGUUGCAAAGGGUAAAAGAGGUUAUAUGAUUCAAAGACUUAUCACUCGAGAAACACACAAUAUCAUCGAGGUUAUUGAACAAAUCGAAGUAACACGAUCCAAUGGAAGUAAAUUGGAAUUAAAAGCACCUUUUGAGGGUGUGAAAACUCCUACCACCGAUUGGCUUUUCGUUGUUAACAAUACAGAAAUCAAGUCGGCCGGACUUAAUAAAUAG